CGCCACAACGGGACCAGCAAGGAGGUUCCACCGCCGCAGGAUCUGCAGCAGCGGCCACGCCCCCUGGCGCCGCAGAGGCAGCUCCAGGAUAAGCAGCUAAAGCAGAUGCAAGCAAGGGCAAAGCAGAACGACUUGCCCGAGUGGAAGCUCACAUCCAGCAAGCACGAGAGAAGGUUGCACAGGCCAAGCGAGCGGACAAUGUGGUUGAGGAAGGGCGACGCGACCAAUCUGCAGGGUAGUCGCAGGCGGGCGGGCACGAAGAAGGCCCACGGCUGCCCCGGGGAGACCAGCGGCGCGAAGGAUAUAAACAUCGUCGGCGUCGCGGAGAACCACCCGCGCCAGCCAGCGCAGAUCAGCAAGGCCAGAGCGGCCUUGAAAAAGAGUGGGCUGCGACGCUACUGGACAAAGGCGCGCCCAGGAGAAGGCGAGGGCAUGCGUGGAGGCACCUGCGCCAUCGCCCGUAGCACGCUGAACUUACAGGACCAGCUCGCCAGCUUUGGCGAGAACUACCUCGACGAAGAUGGCAGCGACGUCGCGGCUGUGGCCGCAGAGGAUGGCGCCCCCGCGUGCUUUCCAGCAGAAGGCACAGCGCGCUGCCUAGACUACGCGCUGGCCUCGCAGGGCCUCGCACCGUACUUCGACGAGCUGGAGCUGCUCAGGUCAGUGCCCUGGAUGCCCCACAUCGGAGUCAGGCUCAAGCUGAAUGGCAG